AAAAUUAUUUCACACGUCGGUUAAUUUUCCACUGACUUCUCGACAAUAUUCAAUUUCGUAUGUUUAUAGGGUGGAGAAACAUAUAUGGAACAGGCAGCCCCUUGCGGUGAAUUCGUGCAGCUGCGUCUAUCCAAACAAUAAGAAAGCCGAAUUGGACGCUUAGCUCGGUCCCUAUGGUGGAGCUCUUGCCCUACCCACCUGAUCGUGUUGUAUAAUACUAAAACAUGACCAGCCAACAGUUUUGUAUCCGGUGGAACAGUCAUCUGGGCAGUAUUGGUGCUGCUUUCCCGCAAAUGCUUGCCGGACAACGCUUCGUAGACGUUACACUGGCGUGUGAAGGCCAUCAGGUACAUUGCCAUCGCCUUGUCCUAGCUGCUUGUUCGACUUACUUCGAAGCUCUAUUAGGCGAAAACCCAUGCAAACACCCUAUCAUCAUCCUGCCACGCGAUAUUCGGCUUUGGGAAAUUCAAGCGCUUGUGGAUUUUAUGUAUAAGGGUGAAGUGAAUGUUAGUCAAGCCGGUUUGCCAGAUCUUAUAAAGGUGGCCGAAAUGUUGCAAAUUCGUGGGCUAUGUGGAGCAGACGCGGCGCUCAAUUUAGAUACUAUGACCACCGAGGAAGUCUCACCAAAGACAAACACUGAUAUAAUGGGGGAACUAAAUCACGAAGAUCAUCCUCGCCUGAUAGAAGCCGAUACGGACUCUGUGGACGACACAAAAAACAAAUCCGAUUUCGCUAUGGCCAAUGUGAUGUGCGAGUACGAACAGGAACCUAGACACACACGCAGAAUCCGGCGUUCGGAAAAUCUCUUAGCACAGGCAGCCGAUUGCGUAUCACGUGGACAGACCUUUCAGACGGUAUCCAACAUGUUUCACAUCCCAAUAUCUACUAUCAGGUAAUAUACAACUUAGGCAAUAAAUUUAAAUACAGCAUAGGUUUUUAGACCUUAUAUGACCAUAGUAGCUAUCUUGUGUUAAAAGAUGAGGUCAAUUGGAGUGCUCGGUAAAUUGUAGUUAUGCUAAAAAUCAAAAUGGUGUUUUCACUGUCUAUUCGUAGCAAAAUAAAAACCUCCAUUAUGAGGUUCUUCGUCGGAGUCUGGGGUCACUGGGGAACUAAAUGUAUUGUUCGGUGGGCAAUAACUUAAGAUAGACUCUAGAAAUUUAUUUAUUUCAAAAGAAAAAUCAAAAAACCAUAAACGGUAAAUUUUUACUUUUUCGCAUUCAGUGACUUUUGUACCAGAUCCUGACUCAAGUGACUCACAAAAACAACCACCAUUAAAUUUUAACAUAAUUUCUCGGCGAAUGUGACACAUAUCUUAUAAAUUUCCUUAAUAGACUGUACCUUGGAACUCUGGUUGAAAAGUAUUAUUGUAAAUAGAGAUAGCAUUUAGAAUAGAGCCUUCCUAUAGUUGCAUAGUUCCAGCUUGCUUUAUAGUUCAUUUAAUUGAUAAUUAUUUAUUUUACCUCUCCAUGCGAUUUUGGCUGCCGCCGACUUUAUUACCAACUUCCCCGAGGAAAAUGGUAGAAACCUCGGAUCAUUGGUCGUGUGCCGCACACUGGCUCCGUACAUUUACAAUUGCAGAUAUUGUAUGGUUGUGACUAUAAGCAGUAAAAAAAUUCCGCGCAUAUCACAUUGGGAAAUAGUAGUGAACAGCAAAACUCCGAGGGGGGAGUUGAAGCGCUUCUCAUGGGUUCAGUAGAAUGUAGCCACAGGUAAGAGGGACACAUGCCAGGGAUUGAUACAAAAGCAAAGAGAAAAAAGGAAGAAGCAAAAAGAAAAGUACAACUAAGGGGAAACAAAAAGCAAGAAUUCUGGGAAAAGAAAAUAAAUAUAGACACAUGCUCAAAUGCUAUGCCGAGAAAUUGUCGAUCCGCGGUCUUUGGGCUUCAAACCAUGACCAUAUCUUGUUUAGAGGAACUCCUCCCACAGAUGAUCAACCAGCCCCCGCGCAAAAGCUGCCUCACACUGACUUGAAAUUGAGAUUGACUCCCUAAUGCAAGCAGAUGACUAUUGUAGAGCAGGGCCACGUAGAUAUAGAAUCUCCCAAGAAGUUCAUGUCUUGGCCGGGAGACAAGAGCCUGCACUCCGUCGUGGCCAGGUAUAGAUCCAUUAGAAUUGAGGAAACCCCCUCUCGUGUAAAACAGUCUCAGUGUUUUGUACUUUUAGAUGUGCGGCAAUGGCAGUAUAUUGAUAUAGUAGAAAGACGUAAACAGUGAGUCGCGCUUUGUCUAGCGCAGCAUCGCUCUCAGGGCAGCACUCUGUGCCAUUCCCGCGGAUCUAAUAUGUGAUGCCCGAUCACCUCUCAAGCCACUCACUCCAUAGCUUACCCUAGAGUCGAUACGGGCAUUAUGGAAUGAACGCGAGACGCUCAGCGAACUCACGCGGCCUAAGUGAUAGAGACUAUUUAUAGAGGCAAACAUCCCAUUUUUCAGUUUUAUCGCGUGCUGCUUACAGGUUAAACCCUCAUCAAAGACGACUCAGGUAUGUGAACUCCUCAACGAAAGGGAUAGCGAUGCAGGAGCAACAAAAUGGGCCUUCACACGCGGGCAAAUGGGAUAUUACAUUACGCGAGAGGACCGAUAGCGCGGCGGCAGGAAUCGCAUCGCUUUUGGUUUACCGCUUAACAUCAUAGAGUGCGCGUUCGGAAUGUUGGGCUUAUUUGAGCAUGACAACACAAAAGAAAAUUAACGAACAUAAUUUUUCUUUGGGGCUAGAUACAAGAAUAGUACCAUGACCAGAAAUCUUAAUUCUUUUCAAAAGGUUUAGUUAUGCUUUUAGAAGUAAUUUAGACAAGUGUUCCUCAACAUGAAAGAACAAAAUUAGGCGAUUAAUGUAUGACGGACAAAGAAGUUUAACAUUGAGGUCGAUGGCGAACCGUAGCAGAAUUAACUAUAUGGUAGCUAUGGUAAAUAGUUACUGAAUGCAAAUAAGUGAAAAAUGUGGAUUAUCACACGUUUUGCGUGUGUUUAUAGGAGAGCUGAGAUUUACUGUAUGUUUUCUGUGAUCAUAUAGAAAUGUGAAAUUUUUUUGUAUUAGCUUUUGAUUUGAUAUUAGCUGUGAUAUACAUCACAGCUAAUAUCCGUAAUCGCGCAAAAAAUUGAACCUCGCAAAAACAACUCCAAUCGACUCAGGUAACGGUAAAAUGUCAAAAUAUGACGAAAAUGGGAAGGGACACUUUUUUGAUUUUCGUGUCUGUUUGUCGUUCCGUCCGACCGUUCGUCUGUCGUGACAAACGGGCUUGUGGGGCCUAAACGGUAAGAGAUAUCGACAUGCGGUUUGCAGCAAAGGUUAAAAGUAUGCAGUGGUAAUGAACAUUUUUUGUCAAAUCCAACCUCCCACUCCUAUGUCCGCCAUUUUGAACACCCCCAAAAUACGCUUUCCUCAAUUAUUCAGCCCCUAUGGCAUAAAUCGGGCUCAAAUUCUGGUAUGUUAUAGCUGACUUUAAGACCUUUCCAACCAACCGUCACUUAAGGACCUAGGACCUUCUGGACCCUAGAUACACCGGUUCAAAUUUCGAAAAUUAAAUGGCCAUAGCUCUGCUUCUAAUUAACCGAUCAGAAUGAUUUUGUAAUCAUUGGAAGGGUCUCAUAAAAUGCCAUCACCCACCAGAACAACAUAACUUGAUAGGACCACCGCUAGAGGCGCUAAUAUCAAUAAGAAAAUUUUUAAAAUUUUCAAGUGGGACAUUUUGUUUCAAGGUCACACUACUUUGGGAUAAUUUCUUAAGUAUUUCGAUAGUCCAGAUUGAGACGUUUCCAAAAUGGAGUCAAUCUUUUCUGUCGAAGCCAUAUAACCAGAGAUAACUGUUUGAAUUUCAGGACUUGAAUUUUAUUUUGCAUAUGAAAAUUUUCAUUCUUUAUUUCCUUCUAACUAAAUCGAGGUGGGCACGGAAGAGAGAAAUUUUGAUAUCCCAGCUAAUAUGCCAGAAGCACAUGCGAAGCGUGUGUUUACCCACAUUUUUCAUAUGUAAAAUUGACAUCGUAAUAACUCAAAUCAUACAGAUUUGCUAUGCAAUAUU